AAUAAUCAAAUUGGCAUUUGUGUUCUUAAGUGUGUGAAAUGAUUGCGCUCUUACCUGGCUUUUUGUUAAAGCUGCCCAGGUGCACCUUGCUCACGAGCCGCCGUGCACUUACUCAAGGGAGCUGUGAGCAAAAGUACUUGGCCACCUUUGAUUUUGAUUUGAGCAUCAUUGAGGAAGACUCUUAUAUGGCAGUAACCCGCUUGCUGCCGCCAGACCAGCGCACCAAGAAGUUAUAUGGCCAAAUACAAGAGUCUGGAUGGAUUGCAUUUAUGCAGCAGGUACUGGAGACACUGCAUCAGCAGCAUGGCAUUGGCGCUGCCAAGAUUGCUCAGCAGGUGCGUGAAGUACCGGCGGUGCCGGGCAUCUUGGGCUUGUUACGCCGCCUGGCCGCUCAGCGGGCUCACAUUGACAUGCACAUUGUAAGCGAUGCCAAUUCCUUCUUCAUCGAGCAUUGGCUGGAGGCACAUCAGCUGACUAACAUAUUCGCCGGCGUGCACACCAAUCCGGCCAGUGUGGAUUGCAAUGAACUGCUGCAAAUAAUGCCCUACGAGCAACAGACACAUUGCGAUCUGUGUCCCCCGAAUCUCUGCAAAGGCGGCGUCAUGGCAAAUCUAAUGGCAGCCGUCCAUGUACCUUAUAAGCGUAUCAUUUAUGUGGGCGACAGCUGCAAUGAUCUGUGCGCCAUCGUGGCGCUACGACCUGGCGAUAUAGCCUGCAUACGGUGUGGUGAGGAGCUGCAUGCCAAACUCCCGGCGCAUGAGCAUCAACUGCGAUGCGAAUUACUGCAUUGGCGCGAUGGCGACGAUCUGGAGCAACAGCUGUUUGAUGAUUGUCUAAGGAAUUUGUAGUACCUACCAAAAAGAGCGUAGAGAGACAUAGAGAGAGAGAGUGAAAGAUAAAGCAAGACAGCGGGAGCGCACAGUUGGUAAUAAGGCAAAAUUAUUAAUGCUGCUGUUUUUAUUUGACUUAAA